UUUGAUCGAGCUGUUUGAUCCACGGCCGGCAUGGAGGAGACGAGCCCUAGCGCUGCCGCGGCCGGCGGCGUCAUCCGCUGUACGCCGCACGGGCGGCUGCUCACGGGGUGCCUCGUCGCGCUCAACGUCUUCGUCGUGCUCCUCGUGUACGUCUACUUCUGGCGCUUCUUCUCGCGCGCCCGCGGCGACGGCGCCCCGUUCGCCGACCACGCGUCGUCGUCGGCGGCCUCGUCGCCGCCAGCGUCGCCCAAGGCGCGGGACCGGUGGGAGGUCGAGCGGGCCAUCACCGCGCUGCCCAUCUUCGUGCACUCCUCCUCGUCCGACCAUGGUGCGGCGGCGGCGGCGGAGUGCGCGAUCUGCAUCGCGGAGUUCGCGGACGGCGAGGAGGGGCGGCUGCUGCCGCGGUGCGGGCACCGCUUCCACGCGCGUUGCGUCGACUUGUGGUUCCGGCUCCACACCACGUGCCCGCUCUGCCGCGCCACGGUCCUCGUCGACGUCCCCGCCGACACGGCUGCGGCGGCGGCGGCGGCGUCGGCGGAAGAGCACGAGAACCAACUGACGGAUAGGAAUACAAGUGCCGAUACGGAUACAGAUUGUCCCGUGUGAAAAUUAACCGCCAUUACGAUUAAGGUCACUUUCUCGUGACGCUACUGAGAUUUUUUUUAGGCUGUCUGUGGAUUGGGAGGGAGGCUGCUGAUGCAAGCUCGAUGUUGUCGUUGUUUUCUUUGGGGUCGGCUAGACGUUUUUCAUUUCUUGGCAUCUGUACAACCUGCCAUGCCUGGCAUCUGUACAACUUGCCAUGCCUGGCAUCUUCGUUGUGAUUG